AUGGCAUCAAAUCCCGCCGCCGGCGAUCAACAAUCCUCCUCCACCUCCGCCGUGCGCGCUCUGUUGUCCCGCAUUUCGCAGACCAUCAACUCCGGCCUCUCCGACCGCCGCCCGUGGUCGGAGCUCGCCGACCGCUCCGGCUUCUCGAAGCCGGAAUCCUUCUCCGACGCGAACCUCCGCCUGCGCAAAAACUAUGCCUAUUUCCGCACCAACUACCUCAUGAUCGUCACCGCCGUGCUCGCGAUCUCCCUCCUGACGAAUCCGCUCUCUCUCCUCCUCCUCUCCGCCCUCCUCGCCGCCUGGCUGUUCCUCUACCUCUUCCGCCAGGCGUCGGAUCCUCCGAUCACCGUGUUCGGCCGCCAGUUCUCCGAUCGCGCGAUCCUAUUCGCGCUGAUCGUCUCCACCGUCGUCGUGCUCUUCCUCACCAGCGUCGGAUACGUGCUUGUGUCGGCGCUCAUGGUCGGCCUCGCCAUUGUCUUCGCGCACGGUGCUUUUAGGGUUCCGGAAGAUCUCUUCCUCGACGAGGCGGAGCCACUGGCUAGGGUUCCCAGCCUCCUCUCCUUCCUCGCCGGCGGCGCUCCCGCUCCUCAGCCGCCCAUCGCCGCUAGGGCUUGAGAAUAUCCCCAAAUCAGGAACGUUCGAUUAUAAUUUUUUGGAUUAGAUCAAUUAGUUAUAUGAAUUCGUUGAUUUUUCCCACCAGUAUAUUUUAGUUGAGUUUUACUGGCUGUAAAUUUUCAGCUUAGUAUUGCUAUCUAUUGAAGAAACUCCUUUGUUUCGACAAGGGGAGAUUUAGCAUUUUACGAAAUCUCAUCCAACUUGCAACCAUCUAGUUUGGUGGAAUGGACGAGCUCGACAUUGAUUAUGAAUUAUAUUUGGAUUAUUGGAUUUCCGUUUUUGAAGACGAAUAA